UUGAAGUGUGAAUUGCAGCGGCAGUGGUUUCAUUUACAGACGCCUAAUUGGACCGCCGACUCCACAAGGCGGCUGCCUAGUGGUGAGGUAGUCGGCGAGCUUCCGAUAUCAAAAGUACAAGAAUUCUCUGCAUCUCUCACUCUUGGAUUCAAAGUUUAUAGAGAGAUCAGGGAAGAAUACUCUCCAAUUCCUACCUCAUUUUCGUUAACUGCCAGUAUAUCCAUAAAAGAUGGUAGAACACUCUUCCGGAACCAACCUUAGCUACCGUGGAGAUAUUGUUGGCAUGGAGGGGGGUACAUCUUUACAAGAUGACUCCAAAUACUAUGACGAUGAUGGCCGUGUUAAACGGACAGGAACCAUUUGGACUACAUGCUCCCACAUAAUAACAGCUGUGAUAGGAUCUGGGGUGCUCUCCUUAGCCUGGUCUAUAGCUCAGAUGGGUUGGGUUGCUGGUCCUGGAGCCAUGAUAUUUUUCAGCAUCAUCACUCUGUAUACUUCAUCAUUUCUCGCUGAUUGUUAUCGUUGUGGUGACACCGAAUUUGGAAAGAGAAACUAUACUUUCAUGGAUGCAGUUAGUAACAUUCUUGGCGGGCCCAGUGUUAAGAUUUGUGGGAUAGUUCAGUAUUUGAAUCUUUUCGGAAGUGCAAUAGGGUACAAUAUUGCAGCUGCCAUGAGCAUGAUGGAAAUCAAAAAGUCUUUAUGUGUCCAUACAUCUGAUGGAAAAGACGCAUGUCAUAUUUCAGGCAACCCAUACAUGAUUGCUUUUGGCGUGGCACAACUUUUCCUUUCUCAAAUUCCAGAUUUUCAUAACAUGUGGUGGCUCUCAAUAGUUGCUGCAGUCAUGUCUUUCUUCUACUCCACAAUUGCUCUUGCUCUUGGAAUUUCCAAAGUUGCAGAAAACGGUACUGUUAUGGGUAGCCUCACAGGAGUAAGCGUCGGAACAGUGACCCCGGCCCAAAAAGUAUGGGUUUUCCAAGGUCUUGGAAACAUCGCCUUUGCUUAUUCAUAUUCUUUUGUUCUCCUGGAAAUUCAGGACACAAUCAAAUCUCCACCAUCAGAAGGAAAAGCAAUGAAGAUAGCUGCGAAGAUAAGUAUUGCAGUAACUACAACAUUUUAUUUGCUCUGUGGCUGCAUGGGAUAUGCUGCUUUUGGAGACAAUGCGCCAGGCAACCUGCUCGCCGGAUUUGGUGUCUCAAAAGCAUAUUGGGUUGUAGAUGCUGCCAAUGCUGCUAUCGUUAUUCACCUUUUUGGAGCAUACCAAGUGUAUGCCCAACCCCUAUUUGCUUUCGUCGAGAAAGAGGCAGCAAAAAAAUGGCCCAAAAUUGACAGAGAAUUCAAAGUUAAAAUCCCUGGUUUGCCAGUCUACAGUCAAAACAUAUUUUCGUUAGUUUGGAGGACAGUGUUUGUUAUCAUCUCCACUCUCAUCGCAAUGUUGAUUCCAUUUUUCAACGACGUUUUGGGAGUGAUUGGGGCAUUGGGAUUUUGGCCUUUAACUGUUUACUUUCCUGUGGAGAUGUAUAUCGUACAAAUGAAGAUCCCAAAAUGGAGUAGGAAGUGGAUUAUUCUGGAAAUAAUGAGUACUUUCUGCCUCAUUGUAUCUAUUGUGGCUGGUCUUGGCUCAUUGGUCGGUGUCUGGAUCGACCUGCAGAAAUACAAACCAUUCAGCUUAUCGAAUUAAACACCACAUAAAAUCUAUUGCCUCCUUCUGGAAUGUAAGAAACUUCUGCGGGUGGUGAUGGUUGUCACGGUCUUAUUGGGAUCUUAUUUCAUAAGUGGUGAAGUUGUCCCGAAGUUGCAUUCAAGAAGAAUAAUUGGUAUUGAAUACUAUGACCUUUUCACUGUACAUUUUUUAAAUUAAUUUGUACCAAUACUAUUGGUACUAAAUCAUAAAUGAGGUUAUAAUUGAUGCUGUGAUAGGAUUUGUGUUUUGAUGUAAAUACUCUCAUUUUAUUUGUGAUGUAUAUCUUCGUGGUCUAUCUUAAUGGGGUCAUGUGGCCAUGUCUGCAUCCCUGCCUCCACUUACACGAGUC